GUCGAGUUCAAAGCUGUCCUCAACGCAUGCUCUACGCUCUGUCCACCAGAUUCAGGAUACAUUGCCAACGCGAGGGAAGACGUGCGGUAUAAAUAUCUCUAUUCUCUGGUUCGCACCCAUCGGUUGCCUUCGAACUCCCCUCGGGUUCGCUGUGAAGUGUGCUCACAUUGAGCUGGUCUCGCCGAUACUUAACGAGAAAAUCUGCCGCAUUCAACAACAAUGUCUUCGCAUCGAGUCCUGGUGACCUAUACAUCUUCCCCACUAUAUCUAUCGACAGACCAAUGGCAGCAUCUGCGUGCUUCCCUCGCUCGCCAGUUCCCCCUUCGUACCCUCCAUUGGAAGUCCCCGUCUCGUUCCACUAUUCAGACGAUCCCGGAGCUGCAUGUUGACUUCGUCGCACUUGAGAGCUUGCGAGAUGAGCCUUCUUCCCAAGUGCCCCAGACACUCCUGGAACGGCCUUUACUCAACACAUAUUUCGUGGUCUGUGAGGACAGUGAACUAUACAAGAACUCUGUCAGGAAGCAAAUCAAAGAGUGGCAUGCGCUAGUGAGCACUCGGAAAAACCAAGAAUGGUUAAUCGUCCACAUUGUGCGACCAGAAGGGAGGACAGCGCAAGGGAGGAUCUUCCAGAUAAAGUCUUCUGUACUUGACAAGAUCAAAGCAGAUUUCAACACUGACAAAAGAGACAGAUGCGUGCAGCUGGUCUGGUCUGCAGAAUAUGAGCACCCGGCGGUAUGGGCGGAACUCAUCACCAAAAUGAAGGAGGGGAUACUGCUAGCCUUCGACUCUGCUUUUAUUCAACGCGAAGAAGAAGUAAGGCGUUCGGAGGGCCAACGAGCUAUGCCUGGGUGGAACUUCUGUACAUUUUUUAUUCUGAAGGAAAGCCUAGCUAUGUCGCUUGAGGGGAUGAACCUAUUUGAAAAUGCUCUUGAGCAAUACAACGAGCUGGAAGCUUCGUUCUUCAAAGUACUGCAAGAGAAGAACCUAUCCUGGUUCGGUGCGCUCAUUUCUCCUGAGCCAACAGACGACUCUGUCGCUUUACUUUCUGUCAAUAAGAAACGCUAUCGGGACCUGAUCCUCGCCAAUUCCAUUUCUGUCUUCGACUUUCGGGUGUAUCUGCUAGCUAGGCAAUGCGCUCUCAUGAGCAAGCUCGGCAAAAUAGCCGAGAUCUGCGAGAAGGUGGUGGCGUUCCUUAGUGGGUUUGGCAGACGGCUGCGAGAGCUAGAGGAUACGCUACCGCCCUUCUUUGUUGAGUCAUGGACAUAUUCUUCGGCCCUUAGCGUAAUCGAUCAGUGUGAUGUGUGGGCAAAUCCACCCGCCAUGUCCAAAGGUGCUGUGGCCAGGCUGAAUGCUGUGAAGGGAGAGUUGUUGGAGCUAGCGCAGCAACAAUUAGAUAUCAUUGGUAUCAGAACAGGCCAUCUGCCAUCUCGUCCUCCCUUCUCGAUUGCACUUCCUCCCCCCAAUCCUGAGAUGAAGACCAUCGAACCACGCAAGCGGUUUUCAAAGAAGAUCUCGCGUUCAGAACUGUUGAAAGUGCUGACGGACAAGGAGGCAUUCUAUGAUCUAUACCAGCAAAUUACUAAUCGCGCCAUUGAGCAAUACGCAAACGCUGGCCGUCGUAAAUUCGCGCUGAGACUUCAUGGCAAUCUGGCAGCUCUUGAUCUCAUCCGAGGACGAUUGCCAAGUGCCCUUGAGACGUAUAAGAGUCUGCCUGCCCACUAUGCGCCACAUGGAUGGACCGCUCUUGAGUCCUUCAUGCGAUUGCAGGCUCUCACCAUUCAUGCGUCUUCCCAUAAGGAACGAGACGGAGACUGGAUCUCCGUCGUUCUCGAGUUCCUCAAGGCCUAUGUGGACGAUAUGGGGACGGAAUUGCUCAUGGAUGUAGAUGACCACAAGACAUACAUUGCGAAAUUGGUGGCCGAGCUUCGGAGUGCGGCUAACGCACUCGAGUCAGAUUUGCUGUAUCCCGACCACCCUGCGUUUUCACUCAGAAUCAUUAGCAGCAGCAUACGCUUGUCGGGGACGCAAGACGGAGCAUUGCUCGACGUAGUCGUGCGUAAUCAUUUGCCAUGCGAACUCGCUGCCGAUGAGGUAGUCGUGAUAACGACCGGCUAUGAAGGCGUUCAGAUACAGUUCACGAGUCAAACCACAACGAUUCCAACCGGAACUAGCACGUUGACAUUGUUCAGCCCGUCUGUAACACCUGGCCUUUUCACAUUACAACUAAGUCGUAUUCGACUCUCCCGGGUUGUGUUGGAGUGGAAGGAGAUCAAGGGCCAACUGCAGGCAAAGGGUGCGAAAAUCAAGGAUCUCCCAACCCUGGUCCGAAUCCCGAAGGAUCUACAUUCUCUGGACGUGCGUCUUCAUCCACCCCGGAUUAUCGAAGUCGGUAAACCAUCGAAAAUAAUGGCUAUUCUACGAACGGGCAGGAACGAUGUAUCGAGCGUGACUCUACGACUAUCCUCAUCCACUGGCGUUACAUUCAGGACGAACGAGGCCACUUUGGAUAGCUCAGAAUCUGUCAAGUGGGAGAUGACGGACAACACAAUCACAUUCUGUGACAUAGCGCAAGAACGGGAAGUGGUCGUAUUUAUUCCCCAUUCUGAUGCGUCAUCUUAUCACACGCUGCGAGUGAAUGUUUCCGUAGAAUACGUCACCAAGUCUGAACCGGACAUGGCGCGCAAGAUUCACCUUCUGCGUUUUGUCACUACUUCUCUUCCGAUGACAAUCAAUGUAGAAGAUUUCUUCCGUGGCACAAGACUGUUUACUCGGUUCAUGUUGUCAACAACGUCUCAUCAGCACGUACGUGUACGAGCGGCAGACCUGCAACCGUCGGAUCAAGAUCGUGACAGCAUCAAGGUCACCAACUGCAGGCUGCAAAAGCCUUCUGUUAUGACGGUAACUCCUGCACAAUCUGGCAGAUUCCUGUUUCAAUUAGACUCUCUGCGCGGCAAAGCUCGAGAACCGCUAAAACUGUACAUCACAUAUCGUAUGCUACGCGAAGAGGUCGAGUCCUUCAUUGAGGCAGCAAUCUCGCAGGUCAUCGAGGAGUCACCUUCUUUGCAACCUCGUCGCGCAGCCCUUGUUGAUAAACUCAUCGAGGCUCUUUCUGGGGACGCCAAUUGGAUCGAGUUGUACGGACUGACAGGUGAACUCUUGGUACCUAAUAUCCCGGACGAAGAGGAAGCGGUCUUGUCGCGAUUGAAGGAGAUCUUGGGCGGUGGAAAAUACUCUGCCACUUUAUUCGGCGAAUGGCGCAACAUCAUCAUUCCAGUGGACGUACCUCAAAUCCACAUUCUCGCUGCCGCUCAAUUACGUGUGCUCGCCAAUCCCUUUUUCACCGAGCCAACAUCUGGUAGGAUCCUGCCCCUGUAUGCAGGACAACCAGUCGCUGCAGCUGUCAACGUCCGCACUUCGUUCCAUUGGGCGCCAAAUGAAGAUGAGGAGACGUGUUCCUACAUACUUCGGUAUGAUGUUGAGGACAUGACUGGAGACUGGCUGGUUAGUGGCCGUAAAAGAGGAAACUUCCUCGCAAAGGAUGGAACCGAUUUCACGAUCCCGGUUACCCUGAUUGCUUUACGCCACGGAGAGCUGUCCCUGCCUCAGGUUGGAAUCACUGCUCUGCCCUUGUCGGGAGAUAGGCGGAUGGGUAUGUCGCCGACGCCGAGCUGCGAGACGUACCAGGUGCAUGGUGCAGAGAAGGUGCUGGUGUUACCACGAGGCGGUCGGACUACGUUCAUCAUCGAUAUGGGACACGAAAGUAUGGAAUCUCAUGUUGCUGUUACUGCAUGAUGUGCCAUGUAUCUUCUCUGUACAUAGCAAGUUGCUCAUUCAAUACUUCAUCUAAUGUGCUAGACAGUUUGCAG